AUCAGCGGGCAGCCGCCAGGCAGGAUAAGCAGCUGGCAGCUGUGAUGCAGCGGUACUUAGCCUACAUGGCGGACCUCCAUCUCCAGCAGCAGCAACGGCGGGUACAGCAACAGCAGCAGCAGGAGCAGCAGCGCCAGGUGCAGCCGCCCAGGCCCCGGACCGGCUCCCGGUUUGGGGUCCUGGCCACGCUGGGGGGACAGGACGGGGCGGGCGAUGGCGCGGCCACGGCGGCGUCCGGGCAUGGGCGACGGGUGCAACCAGCCGCGCACGCACCGCCGCCGCCGCCGCAGCAACAGCCCAGCUCCAAAGGGCGCUGCGGCCCCGCCCAGCUCCCGCAGCAGAGGGCAGGGCGCUUGGGCGGCGGGCUGCCUCCCCCGCAGGACGGUGAUAGCGCGCCGCCGCACGUGCCCACUGGGCGGCCGGCCAGGGGACAGCAGGCUGGUGGGGGCAGCGGGUCGGGGCGCCAGGGUGGAGGAGCGGGGCGGGCAGGGACCCAGGCGCCGCCCCAGGCGGGGCCGCCACUGCAGACGUCACAACCGGCGGGUGGUGGUAAGGACAGGGGCAGGGGCCUGGGCACGCUGGCUGGGGUUUCGGCCGACACGGCUGGGCGCGCUGGUGGGGGUGCGGGCAGUGAGGCGGAGUACGGGGCCGUUUGCCUGAAUCGUGACACGUGUGUUGCCAUCGGCUCUGACCUCGUGACGCACCAGAACCGCUGCGCAGAUGUGCAGGGGUAUGAGUGGACGCAGCUUGGCCGCGAUGCGCUUGGUGGCCGCCUCCUCGCCUACCUCCGUGACCAGGGCGCCACCGUACCGGACUGGGCCGUCUGCCGCGUGCCGGCCGGCCGUACCGCCGUCCUGGCACAGCUGCACGACGAGUUCACUGGCUGGUGGCGCCUAUACUCAGCCCAGCCUGCAGACACGCCCCUGCCUUCCGACGUGACGGAGCAGCUGGAUGACGCCGCGCAGCAGGUGCAGACGGCCUACAUGGACUACGUGCUCCUAGACGCCCGCACCCUGCGGUCCGCUAAGCGUGGGCCGGCGGACCCCGGCGGGGCCAGCGGGCCUAGCCGCCGGCAACGCCAGCACCGCAGCCGCAGUACCUCCAGCCUCAUGAGCCUGGGCAGCGCUCCAUUGCGCCCCGGCGGCGCCAGCUCAGGCGCCGCUAGCAUGAGCACCAGCAGCGGCGGCGCGCCCCCCAGCCAGGGUGGCGCCCCCCGCCGCAAACGCCACAGCAGCAACAGCAACCGCAACCGCCACGGCGCUGCCGUGGCCGGCGGGGGCUCAUAAUGCGGCCACCAGUGGGAGCGGCGAACCUUCGGCUGCUGACAGUGAAUGUCAACGGCCUGGGCUCGCCGCUCAAGGCGCGGGCGCUGGUCUCGCACCUGCAGCAAGUUGGGGCGGAUGUGGCGAUGGUGCAGGAGACCCACGCUACUGACA